CUACAGAACUACAACUCUUUUAGUAUAAAAUGAAAGUUUCUGUUUUAUUAUUGCCAUUAUUACAUUUAUAUGUCUAUUUAAAAAUUAUUAUUUUCUUGUUUUCAAUACAAUAUCGUUUGAUAACUUUAUAUAAUUCAUUUCAUCAUAAUAUUAUAUAAUUUACAAUACUUGAUAUAGUAAGGUAUAACUGAUCUGAUAUUUAAUGCUGAAUUGUAUUCAAUGCUGGAAUUGCAUUUAAUACAAUCCCUAUUUAAAAAUAUUUAGAUCGCAAACGAACAACUUUUACUAUAUAUAUAUAAUAAAGAAAAAUAUUUUGUAUAGGCGACCAAGAAAUUUGAUUUUUUCUUCAAUAUGGUAAAGAAUCCUUUCUGUAUUUUCAUUGCAUGUCUCUAUUUUUCGUGGACAGUUUUUGCUUCAGAUUUGACUGAAAAUGUUUUUCUACGUUUAUAUAAAAGGAAUGGCUUAUAUAUUGAUGAAAAUAUAAGAAAUGCUAAUCUAUUGAUAUCUCAUAUGAAAAAGAAUAAUAAAAUAACAAUCUUUAUUAAUGGUUGGAAUGAAGAAAUAAAUUCUGAAGAUGUACAAUUAAUAACGAGUGCAUAUUUGGAGAAUACACAAGACAAUGUUCUUGCACUCGAUUAUCGAAAUGUUAGUAAAGAAUUUUAUAUAUUUGCCAUACAACACAUAUAUGAAGUUGGCAAAUCUGUAGCUGCCGCUUUGGACAAUAUGGUAGAAAAUGGCAUAAACUCGAAAAAUAUACAUAUAAUUGGACACUCACUGGGAUCUGAGCUUUCGGGGAUUAUUGGGCGCAACAUGAACUAUAAAAUUGGCAGGAUAACAGGCUUAGAUCCUGCCGGUCCUGGAUAUUACAUUCUCAAUACUCAUUUGAGUACUUCCGAUGCUGAAUUUGUCGAUGUUAUUCAUACUGAUAUGAGUAUUUUUGGUCUAGCUCUGAAAAUUGGUCAUGUAGAUUUCUUUCCUAAUUAUGGCCAUAGACCGCAGCCAGGUUGCAUGUUAUUAAAUGAUGAUUUUUGCAGUCAUCAUAGAUCCUAUAAAUUUUAUGCGGAAUCAGUUAAAAAUCAUAAUGCCUUUAUUGGGAAAUGUCAUUCAUUAAAUGAAUGCAAUGGCAUUGAAUAUAUUCCAAUGGGAUAUGUUACACCCAGCAAUGCAACUGGUAACUAUUAUCUCAUAACGAAUUCAAUGAGUCCUUUCGGCCGAGGUUUAGCAGGAGCAACUUUCAAUCCACUAAGAAUUAUCCCUGUAUUAUAAAUUGAUUAUAUUUAUUAUAAUUUAAUUAAAAAUUCUUUAAUUUCAAGUAUUUCUAAUUCUAUCUCAAUAUUCAUAUUGUAAAAUAAAUGAUUAUUUUAAUUAUUAUUAUCAAUGAUUAUUAAUAUAUGAUUAUAUAUUGAAAUUAAUAUAAUUAUAAUUUCAAUAUUUUAAUAUUGAAAAGAAAAAUAAAUAAUUAUAAAAUAA